AUGUCCCGUUCCUUCGCCAGAUUGUCGACUGUAGCCUCCUCUGGGUGGUGUGCUCUACCAAUCAGCCGCUCCCGCAGCCUCACGACUAUCCCAGACGAGAUUGCCGAUGACCUGCUGAUCCCCAACACACACCAAUAUCACAGUCUGCUCACUAAAGCAUCCACUCGCUUGUCUGCAUCUUCGCAUAAUCUUACUGACGGCAUCGUUAACUCUAAUCGGUCUCGGAAAAUUCACGUGAACAAGGAUAGGGCGACCCAUCGACACCGUCAGUCUUGCCGCAGCCCGCCUCAUCACGCCUCGCCAGUGACGUGCGGCUCGUCCCUCUGCGCCAGAUUGGACUCCACACUGACCCAUGACCAUGAUCCCUACGAGACCCCCCACUACUACACAUUCCAUCUGACCCUGCGCAGCCCCUCCAACGGACCUCGCCGCGGCAAGUCUCUGACCCCCAACAGGUGUGGGAGGAACUGUCGCAGCAGCUGCAACUCUUCCUCGGAAUCUGAUAAAUCAAAGACUCAUAGGUGUUCAGGGCUCGGCAUGAAUACUUCUGGGAAUACUGGCAGCGUUAUCAGUGCUGAAAGGGAUGCUGCCAAAGGCACAACGGAGAGUGAGACUGUUAAUGUAAGAGAUGACACAGCAUGUAAUGAUGAUGGAAUGCCGAGUGAUGAUACCGAGAACCCCGCCACCAGCCAGAUCUCCACGACACAAACCACCCAGGAGACUGACGGGAAGGAAGCGCCAGAUAACGAUCAGAGGCUCAAGCUGAGGCAUCCGUCGGCUGGGGUGAAAUGCAUUUGUUUCGGCAUCGUGGAUUACUUGAACACAGCGCUCAAGGAAGCGGACCAGGACGCUUUUUGGGAGAGUUGGUGUGGAAACUACGGCCCAGUGCUCACUUCAGCUCCUCCCACCGGUAUUUCUGACUCGGAGUCAGAUAUUGAGCCUCUCGCAGUCUCUCUCAACCUUCCACUGAACUGCUCGAACGGCACCGAGUAUGAGGGCGGCGGCGGCACUCCGAUGAGAAGCAAGCAGUGCCUCAAACUGCUCCGUUGGAAGAGCUGUCACGAGCUGCUGUCACACCGCAGACCAAGGACUCUGAAGCGCCAGCUGACGGACUGCUCCUUUCAAGGGAGAUUCUCGGCAGGAAUGGUGGAAGUGUACGACGGUAAUCUCGGCAUAUCUGUGGUCCCUGUGUCCAUUGGAAAUUGCAACGUUAUCUCCUCGAGUCUUCGCACGAACAUAAUUCCAAGAAGCUUUUCUGGGGAAAAGGGAAGGGUUUGUUUUAAGGGUCCGGCAUCUUCACCACCCUCGCUGGUACACAGUACUAAUGAAAAGCAGUGGGUGGAACACAACGACAAAAAGGUGAUGUUCUUGACUGACAAGCUUCUUGGGGAUGACGGCAGGAGGCUCCUUGGUGUCGUCAAAACCGUCCGUGGGACUCAUGAAGAGCGAACCCAAACGUUAAAUGAGGAGGCAAGGCGGGAGGUGCCUGCCGCUGAGCUGGAUUGUGUGUUGGGGAUACAGGAAGACGACGGGAAUGGUCCAGGGCUGAGCGAGGACGAGAUGCAAGAAGAGUGGUCGACGGGAGGACCUGACCAUACAGCCAGUAAGUCCUUAUGGAUGCCAACCAAGGAGACAUUCCACCGCGCAACGAAUGAAUCAUCUGUGCGGAGACUCCAUCCCCUGCUGUCUGACGCCGGGAAGACCGCCAGCAAGGCAGUCCUUAUCGCCCCGCCUGAUUACCGCCUCCUCAGCUCCAGCGACGACGGUUCACGAGUUCCCCGACACUACUCAGGUGCCUCACGUCAGUCUAGCACUCGCAGUCACCUCUCGCACAUGUACUCCUCGCAGGGCAACAGCAGCGGGGAUGAGGACAGCGACACGGGAGCUGAACUGUCAGAGCUCGAGCGUCGUGUGCUGACUCUUUCUCACCGCAGGAGUCAACUCAGGAAGCAGGACACAAACGCCUGCCUCAUCGCUCCUCCAGAAUUCAAGAUUGCAGAAGAUUUCUACCCGAGGGGGGCUGCAUGGAAUGAACGAGUACUAGUCCAGUGUAGCCCAAAUAGUGCUCUGUGGCUCUGAAUCACUGAAACCCUUUCUUGGCUUCGACUCAAUUAAACUCAAAAAAAGAAAUAUUAAGAAAACUAAGAAUGUUGCCCGCUUGUCGAAUGGAUUGUAGUAGUGAAUAAGGAAACUAGAUAAAUAUAAUAGUUAGAUGAGAAAAAAAAAAAACACAUUUUUGGUCUAAAUUCAUACAUCUCACUGCUAUGAACACUUCUCAUUCAUCACUCUAAUAAAACGGUCCACACAUAACAGCUCCAACCACCCAGACUUCCAAUAGCUGGUUUGCCCCAUCCGCCUCAGUAUUGUAGGUUUUCGAUGCCAGCAGCACAGAGCUUCCUAAUACCAUCUUCCUCUCACUGAUCCAAACACAUCCGCUAUUCUCAGUACUUAGGUGGCUCUCAAGCGGGAUAGUUUCGGCUGUCUAUAUAUAAUGUUUCACUCUUCCGUCUUCGGUUAGGAUUAGGUACUAUAUUUUUCAUCCAGCUAAAAAUUUUGUUUUCUUAAUGCAUAAUAAAACGUGGCCCAUAAUUCAUAUAGCUCUCAGUUUGUUUUAUGUACGAUAAACAAGAAAAUGUGUGUUUGUGUGUGUGUGUGUGUGUGUGUGUGUGUGUGUGUGUGUGUGUGUGUGUGUGUGUGUGUGUGUGAGUGAGUGCGCAGGCCCGUAUCUAUAGGUUCCAUCCACUAACGGUUGUUUCGUCAUCUAGAUAAGCUAUAGUCAACUUGGGAGCAUGGUGUACCCCAGGAUACAUUUUUUUUUUCUUGUGAAAUAAUGGCAUAUAUAACAUGAGCAGUAUGUAUAAGAGUGCACUGUACGAAAAAAAAAAAAAAUAAAUAAAUAAAAUAAAUAAAUAAAUGAUUUAGGAAGGAAACUGUAUCAAGUAACAUGUGCAUUACAUGGCCAGAUAUAUAAAAGUGCACAGUAAGAAAAUAAUGUUUAAGGUAGGAAGUUGAAUGUUAUGUAAGAAACUGAUUUAAAUUGAGAUUAAAGUAUUACAAAUCUAUAUUUUAUAUUGGUAAUUUACAUUCAGACGCAACUCCCGCCUCAUGAAUUUUAAAUGUGUUAUUUAGAUUUAUUAUGCAUUUAACACUUAAUUAAUAAUGAUUUAGGACAGAAUAGCCAUUUUCUCCGUUCGAAAUAGGUACCUGAUACUUUUAUUUAUAAACUUUCAGUCUCAAAACUAGAGAAAAUAUGAAAUAUUCAUGUAUUUUUAUUUUUUUUAUUAAUUGCCUAGGUUACAUGAAUUUCUCAAAAGUUCCCGGAAGGGUGCAUGAACUUAGAGAAUUUGGAAAUCUUGUAUCUAGAGACACGGCGCAGAGUAUAAACAUAUCAAUAAAUCUCAUACAUAUACUAACAAGACGAAGUUACGAAGGGUCUAGAGAUACGGUUCUGUGUUGUGGCUCUUACUGGGAGGCACUUCGUCAUAUUAAAUGGAAAACAAUAUUCACAAUAAUCUCGUGAAUUCGGGGAGAGAGAGAGAGAGAGAGAGAGAGAGAGAGAGAGAGAGAGAGAGAGAGAGAGAGAGAGAGAGAGAGAGAGAGAGAGAGAGAGAGAGAGAGAGAGAGAGAGAGAGAGAGAUUAAUAAUGAUAAUGAUAUUUAGGUAUUUUAUUGGCUUUUAAGAAAUACAUAACAGUUGUUAAUAUUGAUAAAGUUUAGAUGGUCGUUCUGCUGAACUAAUACAAACUUCUAGUACGAAUGAGUCAUACCUAGCCUCGUGUCCUUGUAACAGCCACAUGAAUGAGUCUACAUUUUUCACUAGGAGAUGGUCUUUGGACAGCUUGCUGAGUGGAGAGCUGCUGCGUUACAGAACAAAAUCUUGAUUUGUUUGACUUAAAUCUCACCCGAUGGUUGCCGGGUAGAGUCUUUGAGCUCCCUUCUGAGUCUUGACCAUGGUUUCCUGUCUUCGGUCAAAAAAGUCAGUUGCCGCCAAGUCCAGCUGCUUCCCUCAUUGACCCUCUCCAUGUAAUUCUUAGCCUUCCUCCGAGCAAAACGUACCUUUAGGCUCAUAUUCAGAAGCACUCUAUAUCUCACCACGACUAUUUUCAAAGGCUAUAAAGCUGAUAAGCUAGGUUUUCAAGAGAGUUUCUCCCGUUAAUAAUGAAGUAAUCUCGUUAAUCUGUCAGUAGAACCAUAAAUAAAACACCCUUAAAAACUUAUAUAACUUCAACUGAAGCCUUUUGUUGUAGUAGAGGUGCGGCGCAAAAGUGUUUCAGAAUAUGGUUCAUACUCCUGCCACCUCUCCAUGCAUCAAUCCUCGGAGUGUUGUGUCUUCUGGCAUUGUCCCUACGUGUCCCAGUCAUUUUCUAUCUGUCUUGUUCUUUUUAUUUCAUCUUUUGUCAUCCUAUCCUGCCAUCUCACCCUGCAAAUUCUCUUGAACAGUACACUUCAAAUGCCCUUAGAAUGAUAAGUAAAUAAAUAAAUAAAUAAAUAAAUAAACAAAAGAGAUUAAUAAAUGAAAAUCCCCUUUUUGAGUAUGAACAUUUGUGCUGUCGAAGUGGUACUGUGUACUAAUUGUUGCUGUAGAAAGGUAAUUCUAAACUAUGGUGUUCAUUCUUUAUUUUACUCCAAAGAUUUAAAUAAAUAGUUACAUGAAUCCAGAAAAAGAAAAAAA